UCGUACACCAGAGCGUGUACGAGCUGGUACAUUCAGAGGACCGGGAAGAGUUGCAGCGACAGCUCAUGUGGAACUCCCAACUGCCCGCGGACCAGGCGAACGCCACCCUGCAGGACAUCUUGCGCGGCGACCAACAGGCGCUCGAGAGGAACUUCACCGUCAGGUUCCGCUGCCUCCUCGACAACACCUCCGGCUUCUUGCGUCUGGACAUCCGUGGUCGCGUGAAGGUGCUGGUGGGGCAGAACCGCAAGACCGAGGAGGGGGCCCCGCUGGCCCUCUUCGCCGUGUGCACGCCCUUCGGCCCUCCCUCGCUGCUCGAGCUCCCACAGAAAGAAGUCAUGUACAAGUCCAAGCACAAGCUCGACCUCAGCCUCGUCUCCAUGGACCAGAGAGGCAAGCUGUUGCUGGGCUACAGUGACCUGGAGCUCGCCAACAAGGGCGGCUAUGACCUCGUCCACUACGAUGACCUCGCCUACGUCGCCUGUGCGCACCAGGAACUUCUGAAGACAGGAGCGUCAGGGAUGAUCGCCUACAGACUGCUGACGCGGGAUGGCUCCUGGCAGUGGCUGCAGACGUCGUCGCGCCUCGUCUACAAGAACAGCAAACCUGACUUCAUUAUCUGUACACACCGUCCUCUUAUGGAGGAGGAAGGGAGAGAUCUCCUGGGCAAGCGCACAAUGGACUUCAAAGUCUCGUACCUGGACCCCGGACUGACGCAGUCAUACCUCUGUGACAGCGAGCUCCCCCAACUGAUGUCCCGCCGCUAUAAAACUCAUCUCCGAGAUUUCCUCUCAACGUGCCGGUCAAAGCGCUCCUACAACAACAUCGCAGACCCGACGUACAAUAACUACAGUAACGUCUACAGUCCAUCUUCCUAUGCGGCCGACAAUACUGCUGCAAGUUUGUACGUCAAUCCACAAAACCUAAGCAACCUGCCUUCUUUAUACCCCACGUCGUACAUCCCUACAGAUAAUUUGUUCCACUACCGACAACUCGGGUCUUACUACCCCGACUACAUGACUACCCACAGCUACGUCAGCAAUGGCUACAUGGACCCCACUAGACCAUGUCUGGGUUACGAUACUUCAGGAUUAUCAAAAACUACCACAACCGAACAGAAAUUUUACUGUCCCUCGCAGCUGGAAGCUUCGAAGUAUGCUAGUCAGUACUACACGGCAAACUCGGUGCUCCCGCCCCUGGACCACAAGUACGAUUUACGGGCGAGUUCUGUGGAAUUCCGGAGGGAACACACGCCUCUUUUGGCACCCCCGUCACCCGCUAGCACGGCUCCCCCACCGAGUGUUCCACCUCCUACGACUCCUUUGACUCCGGUCACUGAUGGCGGGGGAAUAAAAGAUAUAGGAUAUUCUAACGGUACCCGCCAGACAGUCCUCAUGUGGGGAUCUGCAGAGUCCACCGCUCCGCUUCUGCCGACUCCAGAUUACGACGUUGCGAGCUCCACCAUCAAAAAAUACAGUGACAGUCCCAGCAGCAAUGCCAGCAAUGGUAGCAAUGGUGUUGCCAACAACCAGCCGUGCCCUUACACGAGCAGCAAUAGUACUUCCAGUGCUGGUAACCACCACAGCACCGUUGCAGGAGUUCAGGAGGUGAUACCAGGUGCUGCUUGCAAGUGGGGACCUCUUACUGCAGGUUCUAACGGGGCACGCAGCAGCAGCAAUGGAGGCUCUCCCCAUGAGGGAGCUUCACCCCCCGGCAAUACUGGGGUCACGGGGGGUAAGGGGGGAUACUACACUACUGAGACGGGGGAACUUUGGCCCCCACAUCAGUACUAUCAUCACCCAUAUCAUCACGCUUACCCCAGCGCACAACCUUCAGAUGAACAUCUAGAAGACGACGCCCAUGCUUCGUCCUUGCCGCCUACUCCCGUGGCUGCCGCCAUCACGUGAACUCCAUGCCCUCAUCACGCCAUUUUUAUUCUAUUUGUAAACACUUUUAUUUAAAAUCUUACUUCUGGACUCUUCGAAAAUGUACCGUCAUAUCCCCUUUCAAAUGAGACGAGUUUAUCCCAAGAAUUAACUACACGUGUGUACAGAUUCCAGCAUCCCCUUGACCCGUAUACCAAUCUAGUUCACUUAAUUCUCUACUAUCGAAGAAUAUUUCGAAUUAUGCAUGAUCAAAGUGUUGCAUUCUUUCUUCGAGAUGUUUACUUCUGAGACAUUUAGCUCUCUUUUGCCGGUGAAUUCCAAGUUCAUUUACCUCUCCUUUCCAGUUACUGCUCCCUCUUGGCCCAGCUUCCUCUCCCAGCUACCUCUUCCUCUUGGUCCAACUUCCUCCUCUUCCACUUGGUCCAACUUCCUCUCCCUCCUAGCUGCCUCAUCCACUUGGUCCAGCUUCCUCUCCCUCCUAGCUACCUCUUCCACUUGGUCCAACUUCCUCUCCCUCCUAGCUACCUCUUCCACUUGGUCCAGCUUCCUCUUCCUCCCAGCUACCUCUUCCUCUUGGUCCAGCUUCCUCCCCCUCCAAGUUUCCUGUGCCUCUUUGUCCAGCUUCCUCUCUCUCCCAGUUACCUCUCCUUCUUGGUCCAGCUUCCUCUCUAUCCCAGCUACCUCUUCCUCUUUGUCCAGCUUCCUUCCUCUCCGUUUCCUGCCCCUUCUAUUAUCCGACAUCAGCUAAUGCAAAAGAAAAUCAAAUUGAAUCUAUUAUAAAAUUGUUUAAAAUAUGAAGCAGUUCAGAUGCCUAAAUAAGGUCUAAUGAAAGUUAACCUGGCCCCUUAUGAACAAUUAUCUAUGUUUUCGACAAUAAGCACCCAACAAAAAGGCUUUAAAAAUCCAUAGUUAAGAGUUUCAUUAGCUAGUUAUAAUUCAUGAAUGAAGCCAUUCGUCCUUCUAUAAGUAGAGCAUCAGUUACUUAAUUUGCUAAAGCUAUUAACUAAUUUUGUUAAAAAUUCAUUGUAAAAAGAGCGCCCUAUCAAACUGUAGCAAAUACGAAUAACAUUUAGCGACAUUAGCCUUACGUGGACAAGUUAUUUUCUUCUAAUGCUGAGUUCUCUGCCGUACAGAUUAGAAUUUUUUGUGUAAGUUGUUUCUAAGCAGGAAUU